AUGAAUUUUCCUGUAGCCUUCGUAUGUUUCGCGGCUCUGAUUGGUGUGGUCGUGGGAGGGCCAAUAUCGAUGAGCAACAACAACAUUGGAGACAUUGUGAAAGUAAACGUUGAUGCCGAUGUGGACAUCAAGAGCGAGAUCAAUGUAGAUCUGGUGAAUGUGAUUGCGGAGCUGUUGCUUGAGCUGAGGGACGUUAACGUGAACACUUGCUCACGAUCUUCGGAGGAAACCAGCGAGGAGACCAGCGAGGAGACCAGCGAGGAGACCAGCGAGGAGACCAGCGAGGAGACCAGCGAAGAAACCAGCGAGGAAACCAGCGAGGAAACCAGCGAGGAGACCAGCGAGGAAACCAGCGAGGAAACCAGCGAGGAGACCAGCGAGGAGACCAAGACAAGUGAGGAAGCCAGCGAGGAAAGCAUGCCUGGGCCGAUGCCCUACCAAAAGCUUAUGCAUUCACUCGUUCAAUCUAGACCCGAUGGUUAUGAUGCACCGGGAAUUACCAAAGAACAAAAAGAGCAGCUCUAUCGUCAACAUGUGGAACAACUUGUCCAAAAACAUAUGAACGAUCUUCAGUGA